AUGACUUUCGACAUUGAUAUCCGCCAUAUUGGAAAUACAUUUUGUAAGAUUCACACGUGGAUUCUUUAUUUUUCGCUGGACUUUUCAGCAUGGAUUCAAGUGGCAGUCACAGUAGAGAGGUUAUGUGCUGUUUGGUACCCGGUUUCGGGUAAAUACAAAUGUUCACGACACACUGCUGUUCGUGCGAUUCAUCGCCAUAUUUCACCACUAACAACGCCAUCUAGUGUCACGCAGUCCUCGAAACUAGCCUCCAUGAGUAUUACUCUGUUUACUUUGAACUCAGUGUUUCUUGUUUGCAACAUACCAAUAAGUAUAUAUUUGAUACAGUAUGAACAUUUGAGGGAUACAUUAAAAGGGAGAGAUAGUGCAUUUUUUAACAUGAUGUGGGCCAUUGUCAACAUUCUAAUGUAUUCAAACAAUGCUAUAAGCUUUGUGUUGUACAUAUUGAGCGGAACAAAAUUUAGGAAGGAGUUUACUGCAAUGUUAUGUUGUCGAGAAUCCCAAUGAAAACAGUUUAUGUGUUUUAACAUUUUUUAAAACAUCU